UGGCUAAAAAUUUGAUUAAAGUUGCAGGAAGUAAAGUGCACUUGUCUUUUUAUUCCGUGGAAAAUAUUUUAUUUUAUUAUUACUCACAUUUAUUGUAAUUCAAUUUGGAAAAUAAUACAUCACCAUGGCUGCUGUAGAAGUGGAACUUUCAAAGUACGAACAACAUUUACGAAACCUGAAACAAUCAGGACAUGUGGGCUUUGAUAGCCUCCCCGACCAAUUGGUUAAUAAAAGUGUCCAAAAUGGAUUUGUUUUUAAUAUUAUGUGCAUUGGAGAAACUGGUCUUGGUAAAUCAACCCUAAUGGACACCUUAUUCAAUACCAGUUUCGAAUCGACACCAAGUCCUCAUACUUUACCAAAUGUAAAACUAAAGGCUCAUACCUAUGAACUCCAAGAGAGUAAUGUUCGAUUGAAGUUGACCAUAUGUGACACUGUUGGUUAUGGAGAUCAAAUCAACAAAGAUGAUUCCUUCAAAGCAGUCGUUGAUUACAUUGAUGCACAAUUUGAAGCAUAUCUCCAAGAAGAAUUGAAAAUUAAACGUUCAUUAUCUUCAUGUCACGAUAGCCGCAUUCAUGUUUGUUUGUAUUUCAUUUGUCCCACCGGACACGGACUCAAAUCUCUCGAUUUGGUGUGCAUGAAGAAAUUAGACACAAAAGUCAAUAUCAUUCCGAUUAUUGCUAAAGCAGAUACAAUUUCCAAAGCCGAAUUGCAACGAUUCAAGGCAAAAAUUAUUCAAGAAUUGAGCAACAAUGGCGUUCAAAUAUAUCAAUUUCCAACUGACGAUGAAACUGUUGCCGAAACUAAUACCGCUAUGAAUGCUCAUGUACCAUUUGCUGUUGUCGGCAGUACAGAAUUCGUUAGGGUGGCUAAUAAAAUGAUUCGUGCCCGUCAAUAUCCAUGGGGUACAGUUCAAGUGGAGAACGAAACACAUUGUGAUUUUGUUAAAUUGCGUGAAAUGUUGAUUCGAACGAAUAUGGAAGAUAUGCGCGAGAAGACACACACUCGGCACUAUGAACUCUAUCGUCAGAAGAGACUCGAACAAAUGGGAUUCACUGAUGUGGAUAGUGAUAAUAAACCAGUUUCAUUCCAACAAACUUUCGAAACCAAACGUUCACAACAUCUGGCUGAGCUUCAAGCUAAGGAAGAAGAAGUUAGACAAAUGUUUGUUCAACGCGUCAAAGAGAAGGAAGCUGAACUUAAAGAAAGCGAAAAAGAGCUUCAUGCUAAGUUUGAUAAACUUAAAAAAGAUCACGCUGAUGAAAAACGAAAACUUGAAGAAUCAAGAAAAAAACUCGAAGAAGAAUUUGUCGAAUUUAAUAGACGUAAAGCACAAAUGGUUGCUUCUCAUACAUUGACAUUGGGCAAGAGUAAGAAGAAGUAAAUUCUGCUCAAAAAAAAGAAUAUUAAAUGAUCACUUAAUUAAUAGCAGCAGAAAGAUCGUUUUUUGAAUCUAUUUCAAUUAUAUUAACAGUAUUUAGCAUUCAUAUUACAUAGUUUUUUUCUGUGUCUUUUUCGAUAAAGAUAUAAAACAUAAUUCAAGUAAAUUUUAUUCAUUUAAAAUUAUAAUUCUUUUUUUGCUCUAUAAAACAUAACAAAAAAAAAAAGAAAAAAAAAACACACAAAAUAUAAUGACAAAUUUAUUAUUUAAGCUAUAAAUUGUAUUAAAAACAAAAAUUUUAAAUGUUUUAGUUGAAACAUUAUUAAAGUGU